GCCUUCCCUCUUGUCCCUCGCCGAACUGCUAGCCGUCGGUGUGUGUUGUUGUUGAAGCAAUGAUGGCGGCAGCGGGAUGCGGAUCAGCAACCGCGGCUGCCGUAGGAGGCCAAGGUGGAACCGCUACGGCCAGAGGUCGUUUCCCCGGUCGGCCUUGGUCGUCACGCAGUCGUUUGCGCUCCGAGAAGCGAUGGCAGCUCGGACGGUCAGGCUCAGAAGCUGAUGAUGUGACUAACGGAGGGCCAAGGCCCGCAAACCUGGUUCUGUCGUUAAACGAAGACCAGCCUCACUUGCGCCUGCUCGGGAUAGAGGCGAGCCACCAGAUCCUUGGCCAGGCUGGAUACAGCUCUAGUGGGAGUGAAGAGGUGAGGUCCCAAACCGACCCAGGAGGAGAUGACUUCAGAGGAUUUGAAGCUGAGAGAAAAGGUCCCAAAAGGCCAGUUUGUCCUCGACAAAACCCUUCCAAAGGUGAUGCUGUCAACACAAAAUCUAAACGACAAAGUGAGAAGCUACCACUUAAAAUGCCAGCAGUGGAGGCAGCUAUUAUCCCACCUGAUCCCGUAAAAGACGUAAAAUCAUUGGAGGAAGUUCCCAGCUCAUCUCCUGUAGCCGAGCCUACAAAGGAUUGCAGGAAAGGUUCGAAAGGAAAGAACACUAUGGAUCAACAGUCUACUAAAAGUGGAGCCUCAUCAGCAGCACCAAGGAUUACUAUAAAGUUGGUGGCCAAAAAGAAAGUGAAAACUGUAAAGGAACCGUCGUCACAGAAAAAAUCUGUGAAGAAGUUGAAGAUAAAAGGAAUUCAGGAUCAGUCUAAAUCCCAGGACGAUAACGGGGACCAGAUUUCAAGUGCUCACGUCAAAUUAAAAACUGAACCACAUGAGGAUAAACUUGGCACAGAAGAUAAGGGGGAGGGGACUGUACCUGCAAGAAGGCGUGGGAGAUCCGCUUCAAAGACAACAGAGCCUGUUUCCCAGACCAGCGCCAAAGUUGAGAUUGAUGACCAAAAAUCAAAAGAGGGAAACUCAGCCGAUCGACCUGACACUGCAACGGAGAGUGGGACUAAAGAGCCAAAAACAAAUGCAAAGAAAUUAAAGCAUAAAGAAAGUGCGACUGAGCAAAGUUCUGCAGUUAAUCAAGUAGUGAUUCGUCGAAGCAAUAGAGCCACUAACCCACUCUCUAAAAGUGUAUCAGAAGAAGCAGCUGAACCAGAGAAUCAGAAAAAAGAUGAUUCCAUUCUGGUGGAGUCUAAAACAGAAGUUCCUGGAACAGUGGUGGAGGCCAAACCAUUGCCGAGAGGUGAGAGACGAAGGCAAAGCAAGAGGCUGAAUAAGGAUAUAACACUGCCAGAAAACCGCGGCCCAUCAUCCACAGAGACAGAUAAUUCAGCUGUACAGCUUCUGAACGAGGAGGAAACAAGGGUCCCAAGUUUAAAGUUGAUUCGGAUCAGAAACCCAAAAUAUGAUGCACAGGCUAAUCGGAAGAAUUCAACCCGAAAGAAAAAACGCAGAAAAUUAAUCUGGUCUUUAACAUUAGUGAAAGAAGGAAGUCGGACGACACAUGGUGCUGAAAAGACCAACAAAGUAGCAGAGAAGACUGAGAGUGAAGUGGAUCAGUCUACUGUUUGUGACACAAGUGUCAACAAGACUUUGAAUGCCAUGGACGAAAAAUCCAAUCUGGAUAACUCAGACCCUCAAGAGAGUAAAAGUACGGUCAUUGAGUGUUCCCAAAACAAAGCGUAUGUGUCGUUUGAGGAAAAGUCCACUCCACACGUGGAAGUUGAAGUGGAACAUGUAACUGAAGCUCCUCCUACAGAAAUAAAUGAAAAGGAUUGCGGGAAAGUUGUCCCACCUCUUCAGAUCAAAAAGGUCUCCUCUCCUGGUAAACAUAAAAGCUCAAAGCCAUCAUUUUUAAUUCAGCAAGUUAGUCCUGUGCCUGAAAAGAACGACGAUGUUCCAAAAGAUCUAAGUGAAGUUAAUGAGGAUAAGUCAUCAUGUCUGGAUGCUGCAGUCACACCAACUAGGACACUGAGGAGGAGAAUGUCAAGCGUUGAUUCAACACAAGCAAAGUCUGUCAGUCAUAAGCCAGUGACCCCUCGGAAACGGAGACUUAGAACAAGUCCACAGGCUGAAGAUACUCCGAAGCUGGACGUUGAAGAUUCUUCUCAGGUUUCACCGGAAGAUUCCACUUCAAAUGUUCUUCCUGAAAACUCAAGUCAGGUUUUGGCUGAGGACCCCUCACAGGUGACAACUGUAAACUCCUCUGAAGUUCCUGAUAAGGAUUCCUCAACGAUCGCUGAUAAUCCCCCACAGCUGCCAGGUGAAAGCCCUCCACAGAAGGUGGAGCCUGAGUUAGAACCGCAGGUCAAAGAGACCAAACCAUUGCCCGUGCCUUCCAAACCGAGAAGAUGUAGAAAUAAUAAACUGGGGAAAAAGAAGUGUGCUCAAACGAAGAAGGCCGUCGUCUCCCCUGAAAUCGCGGUCAACACAGAGUUCACUACAGUUGAAUCUACUGACACAGAGCCUGUACAAAAGGAAGAUACUCAACCUUUAGUACCAGAGGUCAAUCAGCCAGAAGAAAAAGAUUGCACUCAGUCAGAGGCAAAACAGAACACUCCAUCGGUGGAAGAAGAGCAGAUACAGCCACCAGUAAAAGAAGAAACAGACAUUCAGUUGAUAGAUAGUCAACAAUCUUUGGUGUCAGAAAGUCAAGCAAGUGAUCCUAAAACAUUGUCCCUACGAAAAAGAUCUCUCAGAAAAUUAAAUAAGAGACGUAAAAAUUUGAUUGGGCCGCGGCAGAAGCACAGACACAGGAGCAGAGACGGGAAGUUUGCUCCGCUUGAGUUCUCUGAAGGUCAGACAAUAGUUGAAGAGGAUAGUGACAUUUCCUCCCCAUUGGCAGCUACCACACCAUUUCCAUGCUCCACGCUUCUUGGAGUACAUAAAAAGUACAAAAAGACACAGUCGGGCCUUCAGAUUUUCGGGUCUAAACGGCCAGAACCGCAAUCUAAAAUAAUUUCUAAGCUGAUAGAAAUAGGGCUUGAAAAGGACGAUGUGAAGCAGGAAGAAACGGACACUUUAGUUGAUGGGGGACAGGCAGAUGUUGUCGAUACCCAUCCCAGUAAAUCAAAGUUUGUGAAGAACAUCAAGCACUUCAUCAUGCCCGUCGUAAGUGCCAGAUCCUCACGAGUGAUAAAGACCCCGCAAAGGUUUAUGGAUGAUGCUGGAAUGUCUGUAUUGCCUCGAAGAAACUCUCCAAAGAAGGGUAUACAACUGGGUUUGCAAAUACGUCCAGGAAAGAGGCGAGAUGAUGGGAUGGGCAGAGCAAUAUCCCCUAUCCUUCCAGUUGACGAUGAGGACAUAUUGAGUGAAGCUCAACUGGAUGUCGAUCUGUUUUCGGCUCAGGACCUAGAUGACAACCUUGACAUAGCCGAGAGCCUGUUCUCUGAGAGAAAAAGUGGCAAAAGUGAAAAGAGGAGGUCUCUUCUAAAGAACUCCAGUUUCAAGUGGCAUGUGCCAGAGGAGUCUAGGGAGGAAGUGUAUACACUGGACAAAACUCCAGAGAACAAAUGUGAGGAUUUGUUUUUAUCUGCACCAGUUGAUAAGCCCACUGAACUGUCUACCGAACUCCUGGAUGCUCAGAAAAAGCAAAGUUACUCCAAGUUUAGUAAACAAACGGCUCAACUCAAGAUUUAUCAAAGACUAAAGAAGGUGCACUCAGUACUCCCCAAAAGCAAAAGUACAACGGAGAUGGAUAGCUUGAGUAAAUCUCUCCAGCCACCCAUUGAUUUAGCAGAGGGACUUGAUGACGAGGCCAUGAGCAUUAGCCUUAGGCAACGGAAUACAAACGUUGACAAGGAGAAGUCCAAGCUCAAGAUAGAAGACCUUAAUACUCCUGGAGUAGUGAGGAAGGUUUCUGUGUGUGUUAGGACUACGAACUCCAAGUCUCUUGGAUUUCAGCAUGGUAAAGAGGAGGAUUUAGCAGGAAAAGAUGCUGCCCAACUUCACUCAGGAGAGCUGCGGUCAGAACAGAACUCAGGCAGAGGUGAAGGCAAUUACCCCGGGACUGUGGAGAAGGGAACUUCACAAAGAGCGCGCCUCGCUGGUGCAAAUAAAAGAAUGUUCAAUCUCCUAAGAAAAGCAAAGGUCCAGCUCAUUAAAAUUGACCAGCAGAAACAGCUAAAGUCAUCUGGGUUGUUAUCUGGCCUGAGUGGCGCCAGGUCUCGAGAUUUGACCUCAAAGAGACAGAAGAGGAAGCAGAGGUUGCAGCCCGAGGCUGACGCUCCAGUCAAGACUGAACCGCCCCAGGGACAACCACAGCUCAUCUCCCCGCUGUGCCAGGAGUUCCGUAGAGCAGGAGGUCCACGAAUCAAGCAUGUGUGUCGUGCAGCAUCUGUGGUGCUUGGGCAGCCCCGAGCCUUGGUACCAGAUGACAUUCCCAGACUGAGCGCCUUGCCUCUGCAUGAAAGAAGUGGCAUUUCCCCAUCUGCUGUCACGAAAGCAGAUGUUGGGUCUCCCUCAGAGUCGGACAGUCCUGGACUGUCAGAUCCAAAGGUCACCAAGGUCAAGAAACCUUCACAUUUUGUGAAGCGGAAAGGACUCGGGCCGUUUGGAUACCGCUCCCGGAGGUGUGGAGUAUGCAAGGGCUGCAACCACGAGGAGGACUGUGGCGAGUGCAUGAACUGCCUUGACAAACCCAAGUUUGGUGGUCCCAAUACCAAACGGCAGUGUUGCGUGUACAAGAGAUGUGAUCAAAUUGAAGAGAGGAAAGCUCGCAGACUGAGUGGAAGAACAGCACCCAAAGGUGCCUCCAAGCGGCGACGAUCCUCAUUUAGCGGGGGUCAUUCGAGCAAUGACGAAGGUAAUGAGGGCGCUGCGGACUCACCGUCCGGUCUCCAGGGUGACGACCAUAGUCCGUCAGUAAGGAAACAGCCAAAGCGCGUUGUGAAACCCCGCGUCUACUUUGACCUGGUGGACUACGACUCGGAUCUAGAUGACAAAGCUGUCUCAAGCUCUGCGUCACCAGCCAGGAGACGGGUUGCUGGACACCGUUUCAACCAAGACUUUGUGUCACUGGAUGGAUUACUUGGAGACAUUUCAGAUGAUGAAGUCAGGCAUCGAAAGUCCAGUUCACACCGUGUACAACCUGGGCGACGUAAACCUGAGAAGGGUCCGACAUCUCAGGGUCCUUUGGAGCAGACUCCUCCAAGUGUGCUGGCGGCUUUGGCCCAUGGAUUUGAACAGAGAGACGUUGAGUCCUCUAAACCUACUCACAAAAUCAGGGUUGAUUUCAAGGAGGACUGUAAUUUGGAGAACGUGUGGAACAUGGGUGGUUUAAGUAUACUGACCUCUGCGCCGCUCAUGCCACCGUAUGUCUGCUUCCUUUGUGCCAGUAAAGGCCAACAUGAGAUGCUGUAUUGUCAAGUAUGCUGUGAGCCCUUCCACCAGUUUUGCCUUGACCCAGCAGAGCGCCCCUCCGAGGAAAACAAAGAAAACUGGUGCUGUCGUCGCUGCAAGUUCUGCCACGUGUGCGGCAGGAAAGACAAGCACUCAAAGCCUUUGUUGGAAUGUGAACGAUGCCAGAACUGUUAUCAUGCCUCCUGUCUGGGACCCAACUAUCCAAAACAAAACAAGAAGAGGAAAGCUUGGGUUUGUAUGACAUGCAUCAGGUGUAAAAGUUGUGGCGUCACACCAGGCAAGAGUUGGGAUGCUGACUGGAACCACGACAAAGGCCUCUGUCCAGACUGUUCAAAGCUCUAUGACCAGGGUAACUACUGUCCGAUCUGCUUCAAGUGCUAUGAGGACAAUGACUACGACAGUCAGAUGAUGCAGUGUGGGACCUGUAACCAUUGGGUACAUGCCAAGUGUGAGGAUCUAACAGAUGAGCUGUAUGAGAUCCUGUCCAGCCUGCCAGAGAGUGUUGUGUAUUCAUGCCGGCCGUGCAGCGUAACCCAGCCCAGUGCCUGGAGAGAGCUGCUCUACAUCGAGCUCAGGGCCGGGGUGGAGAAGGUGCUUGCUUGCUUGCUUUCCUCCACCCUCACUCAGCACCUUGUUACCUGCUCACAGUGUGAAAAGUUGGUUGAUCCUGACAGUGGAAUAGAAGGACUACCGGCCUGCGACCUCCGAGCUGUGGGCAAGAAAUUUGAUAAGGGCCUUUAUACUACGUUGAAAAUGUUCCAUGAAGAUGUUGUUCAGGUGGUGCGAAAGAGGCUUGAGCAAGAAGAAGAUCUUCCAGAGGAGCAGAAAUCCACCGCCCUGGCACGCUCUUACUACCUAAAGCUGCUCGAGGAGGUAUUUAAUUGGUUCAACAGCCAAGACCCAAAGGUGUGGAACACUUGUACCAAAGACUUGCCUAUGGGGAUGCUGUCCCAGGCUGUUCAUCCUCCAACAACAGAGCAUGUUUAUGCUCAGUGGCAGCAGAGGGAGGAGCUCUUGUCAAGGGCUCCACUGGGGCUCCUGCAGGAGGACGAUGGUGAGAGCCUCGAUAUGAAGGAAGAAGAAGCAGUUUCUCCGAUGUCUGGGGAGCCAACAAGCCGGAAUCAUUUCAAAACCAGCAGGGCUGUCAGGCUCAAAUUCAAAGGAAAACGAGGCCGGCUUUCAAAGGCUGAUCUAGAUACUGGAUGGUCGAAAGAUGACGAAAGACAGUGCUCUUUGUGCCAAAAAUAUGGAGACCUCAAACCUAAUGAAGCGGGCAGGUUGCUGUUCUUGGGCCAGAAUGAGUGGGCACAUGUCAAUUGCUGUCUGUGGUCGGCUGAGGUGUUUGAAGAGGACAAUGGCUCCUUAUUACAUGUACACAGUGCUGUCACCAGGGGGCGCUUGAUGCGAUGUGAACGCUGCAACCAGACAGGUGCCACAGUGGGCUGCUGCCUGACAUCUUGUCAAAGCAACUAUCACUACAUGUGUGCCCGUUCCCGGCACUGUGUGUUCCAGGAUGACAAAAAGGUCUACUGCUACAAACACCGACAUCUCAUCAGUGGCAGGAUGAUAACUGGUCAAGAAUUUGAGGUCAACCGCCGGGUGUAUGUGGAUUUCGAGGGGAUCAGCCUCCGCAGAAAGUUCCUGACAGGACUGGAACCAGAACUUAUCAAUGUCAUGAUUGGUUCCUUACAGAUAGAAAAACUGGGUGUGCUGACAGAACUGUCAGCGAGCAAAGGAAAACUGUGUCCCGUGGGUUUUCAAUGUUCUCGUUGGUACUGGAGUACAGUUAAUCCUUUGCGCCGGUGCAAAUAUACAUGUACAGUCCGGGAGGUUCGUCCCGUCGUCCCUGAGAAGCCUGUUGAGGAGAUGCCUGACCAAGGAGACCAUUACACCAUUGCUCACAGCCCCUGUCCACUACCUGAAUCUGAAGUCAAAGGGGCUAAUAUCACAGAAUCCCAACCCCCAACGGAGGAAAGCUCCGGGGACCAGGGACCUCCCCCCAAGUCAGAUCACACUGCAAGGCCAAAGAUUCCCAGCUAUCCCCAAACCAGGAGACCAGCUGGGGGAAUGUCCCGUCCUCUGCCAUCUCCAAGAGUUGCCCAGUUGAAACCCCACCACAUAUUAACCAUAAGUGAUCUGGAGGAGACUCGGAGGGUUCGUCACCACAGCCCACAUUCACACACAACAGGUGCCCGCAGUCACAUGUCCCCCCCUCCUCUGGGCCCUCUGACUGGACCAAUCACCCUUCGUGCCGGAAAAUCUUCCCUUCCCUCUUCCCCACUGUUCCCACUCGCUCCAGACAACCUGAUAAAUUCUCCAUCAUCUCGCCCAGUCGGAGGUAGAAGUGCUUCCUCAGGCCGAUGCCCUGGUAAUACAGUCACCCACUGUGCCUCAUCUUUCUUUCCUCAGUCUCCCUGGCAAGAUGGUACAGGAAACUUCCCUUCUCCAAGUCUGUCUUUCUCUUCAUCCAUGAAUUUACCCAGAACUCGAUUAUCAUUUGAUCUGAGCCAGCCGGACUCUGUCGAGGUGCCACACAACUUCUUAGCUUCACCAGAGCCUGAAGAUGUCUCUCCAGCCAAUGGUACUUCACCGCAGGGGGAUUUAGACCAACAGAAGGAUGAAGAAGAAUUUCCCUACAGUUCAUUCCACAAGGAUCCCAGCAUGAGUCUGGGUCAAGAGAUGAGGACGGAAUUGGAGAUUGAAGAGACGCUCCUGAAUGAAGGUGUAGCAAUGAACUGUGAGGGGCAGAUAGUAGUGGAAGGUGAUGAUCAGGAGGAAUUUUGGGGAAGAGCUCAAGAUACCCAAAAGAGGAAGACACUUGUUGCCAACCUUCCACGGUCUGCAGCCUCAGCCAGGGACGACUUAGGAAACUCCUCCUCCUCUGAUGAUGAUGAUGAUGUGGAGCACUAUUUUGACUUUUCACGGACAAUAGUCAGUCGCCCCGGAUCAAAAGAUCUUUCCAAGUCUCCCUCCUCCCCUUCCUCCCGAGCUAUGGCUCAGCUUGAUGGUGUUGAUGACGGCACAGAGAGUGAUGCAAGUAUGGUGACCAACGAUGACACCCAGAAAGUUGAGGGUCCUACUCGAGCUCGGAUUCAAGCCAAAAAAGUCAAUAAUAAAAGUGUCCCUGAAUUGGAAACUACAAACGGCACAGAGGCUGUUCAGAGUCGGUCCAUCAAAACACCAUCCAAUGAUAAGCUCACAGAGUCUUCAUCAGUUGCCAGCAGAAAUCCCACAGAUGGUUCAAAUCAAGAUCCACCUAAAUCAUAUGAUGCUAGCCAGUCAAAUAAGGACAGGAAGGGAUUUGUGUCUCCACAAAUUUCUGCGAGCUCUCCACUCAAAGAGCAAAGCUCUGACAUUCCUUUAGUAAAUCAAGAGACCGUGCUUCCAAUUCCUUACUCACUCACAAAGGUGCCUGAAACCUCAAAUACAGAGGGGGUGUUCCAGGGUUCCAGUUUAGGGUUGAUGCCUCUUGUUAUUGAGAGUUGUAACACUGGUCCACGUUUAACUGAGAUGCUUCCUUUGCCAGAGGGCACACUUGAGACCCAACAGUCUGUAGCCAGAAAACCCCUGAACUCGGAGUCUGACAGCAGCCACUUUGUAUCAUCAGCUGAGGGGUCUACUGUGUUAUUGAACCACUUACCAGCAAAUACAAUAGAACCCUCUCUAGCGGAUGCUGCUGAUAGUAGUCAGGGCGUCUUGCUGGAUCUUCUGCAGCCCUCUUUAAUGUCUACAGAUGGACAAAACCCCUCUCAAGGCCUUGUAGACUCCUUGCAGGUGUAUUCCUGCUUACCAGGUUUCAGUCAGUCUCCUCUGACAAGUAUUACACUUCAGCCUGUAACAUCCUCACAGGAGUCCGCAACCUCCAUGGAGCCUCUGUCUACAAAACUUACCACUCUCACUACUGUUGGAGAUGUGACAAAAACACUGCUUAAUGUUGCACCUCAAAAUGAUCCGGUCUUGUCGGUGUCAUCAGCUGCUCACCCCCCAGCAGGAACCUGUGGAACUGUCUCUCUACCCAUCUUCUCCACACAAGCACAGGCUUUGGGUUCUACAGCCGUCACCAUCGUUUCUUCCUCGGCGUCAAUGCCAUCUCUGUCUGUGCUGUCAACACAGUGUUUCACCGCUCCGACCGCAGUCCAAACCACCUCUGCCCCUGUGAUCUUAAAUGGUUACAGCUCGUCAUCUGUGCAGAAGGACGCUGCAUCUGGUCACACGAUCUCCAUCAACUUUUCCACUCCCAGGCCAACUUUAGAGCCUCAACAGCCAGUGAUGCCCCAAGCGUUACCUGGUCAUGCCAUUCUUACUGUAAAAGAGGUGGGGGGUCCAAAUGUGGAUCCUACCCCACAUGUCCUGCUGGUGAACCGCCUUGGGCAGAUCUUUGUGAAGAAUCCAGAAAGCAACACUUUCCAACUGCCCACUCCCAAUUCCCCUUCCUAUAACUGUGUCACGCAGAUCGCAAGCCUUUUGCAAAGCAACGCACUGUCAGCCACACUCGCCGCAGCUGGUAAUAUGACGGCACCACCCACCAGGGUCAAUGUGGCAACAACUGCGCCUCCGUCAGUUACACCUGCAGCUCAGAAUCCAACCACAAUUGCACAACUGCUCACUCACAACAGCAAUGGUGCAGUGGCAUCAGUCAAUGUGAAGAAGCAAAGGAAGAAUAUAAAAACACCCAUGGAUGAAACUGUCCCAGAAUUGAAAAAAACGAAGAAGAAGAAGGAAUCCGGUGCAUCAAAGAAAGCCAAGUCAGGCAAGGCGUCAGGGCAGCCUGCUCCGUCAGCGGAGAAUCCUCCCAUGAGUCCUGCUGAAAGUGCCCAAGCGAUUAUCAACCAAGCCAUGGCGAGUAACUACACCCCCAAGUGGAGUGGACUUCGAACACUAAGCCCUUCCUCACUGGUUUUGCCACCUGGCCUGUUGAUUGAGCCAGAGCCUCCAGCGUCUGCCCGCUCUCCGUCACCACCACCACCACCACCACCAGCACCAGCCCCUGCACCUGCACCCCGGCCUCGCACCCACGUCCGCAUGAAAAGAGUGUCAUCGAUUUCGGACCGUAUUGUCACAAAGAAAUCUAAAGUGGACUUCCUGCAACCAGAACCCAUCAGCGAGGAUGUGGAACGGCACAGAGCCCCCCUGCAAACCAUCUCCAGCAGGGCUUCAGGAGUCCGGAUCAAGACACCGACAGUGAAAGGAGUACUGAACCUGGACGAGUUGAAGGAGGAGCAUAUUAGUGAUUCUGACAUAAGCACAGGGUCCGAACCUUGGGAUUACAUGUCUUGGGGUGAACAAGACAAGCAGCAGGCCUGGGAACCAGUUGGACACAGUAACCUGACUGACUGGAAGAAAUAUUCUGGUGCUGCUUCUACCUCAGAUGAUGAACCACCACCGUGUGAUGAGGAUGAGGACUGUCCAACUAACAGAGACCAGCCACAUCUACGAUUUGAGAUAACCAGCGACGAUGGUUUCAGUGUGGAGGCGGACAGUAUCGAAGUGGCUUGGAAAGCAGUGGUAGACGGUGUGCAGGAGGCACGGGCUCUCUCGAGACUGAGGCCUCUGACCUUCCAGAGGAUCACUGGCGCCCGUAUGCUGGGUCUGGUCCACGACGCAGUGGUGUUCUUGCUGGAGCAACUCCAAGGAGCUCAUCGUUGUCAACGCCAUGCCUUCCGUUUCUUCAAGCUGUUCAGCCAAGAGGACGAUCUGCCAGUCAAUCCCAGUGGCUGUGCUCGCUCUGAGCUCUAUCUUAGGAAGUCCACGUUUGAUAUAUUUAACUUCCUGGCAUCUCAGCAUAGGCAGCUUCCUGACAAUGGGCCUUAUGAUGACGAGGAGGAUGAGGUUCUUUUGAAGUCCACGAGGCGAGCUACUAGUUUGGAGUUGCCCAUGGCGAUGCGCUUCAGACAUCUGGAACGAACAUCCAAGGAGGCUGUAGGCGUCUACAGGUCUGCUAUCCAUGGCCGUGGUCUUUUCUGCAAGAGGAACAUCGAAGCAGGGGAGAUGGUAAUUGAAUAUGCAGGCAUCGUCAUCCGCUCAGUGCUCACUGACAAAAGGGAGAAGUACUACGAUGGCAAGGGUAUUGGCUGUUACAUGUUCCGCAUUGAUGACUUUGAUGUGGUGGACGCAACCAUGCACGGCAAUGCAGCAAGAUUCAUCAACCACUCGUGUGAACCUAACUGCUACUCGCGAGUGAUCAACGUCGAAGGCCGGAAGCACAUUGUCAUCUUUGCUCUUAGGAAGAUCUACAGGGGGGAGGAGCUCACCUAUGACUACAAGUUCCCUAUUGAAGAUGCCAGCAACAAACUCAACUGCAACUGUGGCGCCCGCCGAUGUCGGCGCUUCCUCAAUUGAGAGAUCCCUCAGAUGAGAAGGGGAGGAUCCUGUUUGCUAGUAAGCCUUAAAGUCAGACGGCACAGAAUUGGACUUUGGGAGGAAAUGGGCAGUCGACACAGCAGGUGAAUUAGCCACUAUGCGACCAGACAAAAAAACUGGGCUAGUUAGAAUCGAUAUGGUUUGGACAAUAAGAGGCGGAAAAGCAGCGCAGAACAUUCAUUCACUUUUGAAAAGUUUGUGCAAGGUUCUCCGCUGUUCCUCAGUCAUCUCCGGCAGUAAAUAUUGUGGAGGAAGGACGACAUUUGAACCAGAUAUUUAAAAUGUGGGCGGCUCCUGGAUUCUAUAUGGACGGCACCAACAGAAUUUCUUUGAUACACGCGUCAAGCCUUAUCUGUUCGAAUCAUUGUGGAAAACCCGUAGUUAAGAUUUGAGGGAUUCCCUAUACGUUUUAUUCAUUUCUGGGUGUGUGGGGGGUAUCUGUCCAUAGUACACUUGUAAUCAUGAUUGCUCCAUUCUCCAGUGAUGGGAUCAUUAUAGCUCCAUCCGUGCAGUGGUGAAGUCAGUUCUUGAGCCAUACAUUCACCUAUACCUUUAUUGUGCAUUUUAUCUUACAUUUAACAUUUCUCACGUUAAUAGGUUUUUUUUUUCUUCAUUUUUAAACCUUUUUUUUUUUUUUUUUAAUAACAAAAAAUUACCAUGGUGCUAAGCUUUGAAAGGUCUUUAGAUGCCCUGUGAAUCAGAAAAUGUUUAGCUUUUUAUUCACCCUGCUGACAUCAUGUAUCUUAAUUUUAUGCACUCAAGCAGUACUCUUACCGUCAUGGGAUUAUAGUGUCUGCCAGGUUUCACACUUUUGUUCUGCUGUUUUUCUUCUUUCUUUUGUUCGUUCUUUCUUUCCUCUCUGGACUUGCAAUGUAGAUUAUUGCAGUUUCAGUCAGUCGUGUCAUAUUUAUAAGAAUAGAAACAAGAAAACAUUUUAUUUUGUGCUGAUGUAAAGUGUAUGUAGCAAACACUACCCAAGCCAAAAGUGAAGAGUUGUGGUGAAUAUCAGUUUUUAGAUGUGUGUGUAUAUAUAUGUGUAUAUAUGUAUGUAUAUACAUAUAUAUUUAUAUAUAUAUAUAUAUAUAUAUAUAUAUAUGUUUUUUUAUUACUCUUAUGGCAGAUGCUCAUUACAUAUUGCAAUAAAACUUUGCUGCCCUAUAGAUGCACAUAAAUAACCAUCGAAACAUACAGAUUCUCUUCAUCUUUGUGGAACUUGCUACAGUUUAUUUCAAAAUCAGGGAGGGCACUGGCACGAAGCAUCCGAGUGUGUGUACUCAGCUCCUGCUGCAUGUUUGUUAAGAGCAAGGUGCACAGACUUUCUAGAUGUUGUUGCAAAGAAGAAAAAAAGUCUAAGGUGGAGCUGAGAGAACACACUUGGCACCUUUAAACUAAUGUUUAACAUUGUUCUUAGUCCAGCGCUGUCAUUGAUGAGGCUAAUUGAAUUCACACACUGUUCAUAUUGUAUAUUUAUUCAUGUUUUGAUUUAUAUUUUUAAUGGUAAAAGGUUGUGCUUUGUAUAAAAGGUGGCAGUCUAGUUUAUUAGAUGUUCCCCAUUAGUAUCCUUUUUUUAAUCGUUUACAAAUCACGUCCUUUGUUUCACUAAUUUACUUGAAUUUUCAUUUUGGGCAGUUCUGUUGUGCAUAAGUCUUUAUGACAAAUUGUUCUGAAGCAGGUAUUUUUAAAGAAUCAUUUUUAUUUUUAUUUUUUUGUGACUGUAUAUUACUGACAGUCUUAGAAUCAGUCACAGGAGUAAAUUGAGCACUGUUUGCCUUCCCAAGCCCAUGAUCAUCUUAUUUUUAUUUUAUUUUCACGACCCGUUCUCUCCAGACUGACUGGAGCAAAUUUCCAUAAUGUUUUGUUGUGAUCGUUAACUUGUUUCCUUCUUGCAUGUCCAAUCACUGGGAUGGAGCCCAGAUAAACAUGUGUCAAUCACCUAGCUGACAACAAGAGCAGUCACUCCCAACUCCUUGCAAGGAUCCUACCUCAGCUGUUAAGACAGAUGUUUGGGAAUACUGAUGCAAAAAGAGAGGAUGAUAAUUUAAGAGUAGCUUGUUUUUAAUGUCCUGCAGAGUGUGUGUGCGCGCGUGUGCGUCUGGGUGCGUGCGUCUGUCUGUGUGCGUGCGUCUGAAAUGAAGGAUGCAAAGCACUCGUCAAAAC